AUGUCGAAGCUCGAGAAUUUAUGCGGUUAUCCAGUCAAUCUUCGAUGUCAUUUACCAGGCGAAGAUCUUGACGUUCUUGUAAUGAUGAAAUCCGACGAUGAUCUCGCUAAUGUUAUCGAUGAGUAUGAAAAAGCGUCGUUAUUUCCCGGAAAAGACAAGAAAAUCAGAGCGAUUCUCUCUCCUCAGAAGUCUUCAUCAACAUCAUCAUCUGUUUCGCCAUCUCCAGUUUCGUCUUUAUCGUCGUCGAGUUUAGUCGCAGAUCUCUCUCCUACUAAAUGCGAUCGUCAGAAAAUUGUCAACCGGAAACCACCGGUGCCGGUUAUUCGCCGAUAUUCUCCAGCGAGAAUAGUCCAAUACGGCGUCAUUCGGGAUUACAGUCAGAAAACUUUGAGUAGUGAGUUUAUGUCCGAAAGUGAACCAUCUUCUCCCUCUUCCCCUGGUGGCGGACAAAGUUCUUCUGUUUCUAGUCCUUGGGGUGGGUGGACUCGUCUUUUACCUGAUCUGCCUCUUAUAGUCGACAUGGCGAAAGAACUUAGGUCUACAUUCCUUAAUGACUGCUCUACUCCCGAGCAAGAAAGCUUGACUAGCCAAUAUCUGUCCUUUAGGAUGAGUGGGGAUAAUCAGACGCUUAGGGAGUUAAGAAACCAAAUUUUAGCUCGUAGGACCAUCAGGAAUCCUCCACCUAAUGUCGUCCCAGGUUCCGACAAUGACUCUAUUGCCAGCAUGGAUGAGACUGGCACUGCCCCUUUUACUUCCUACCGGGAGCUGACCAUUUGUCGUACUAAGAUCGCACUUGGCGAGAGUUCCAGCAUGGCUCCUUCUUCCCGUCCAGAACCUAUUCCUGACCGGGACGAUGUUCUGCAUUCUUGGAUAUAG